AUGUCCUCACCAAAGUUCUCCGUUUUCUUGACACAGCUGGCACAGGCGUUGCGCGAGGAGAAGGGCCCAGAACUCGCCUACUUGCUGAAACCCACGAGCGAGCAUGGUAAGGCCUUGGUGAAGGACUUCCGGGGUAAUAUCACGAGGCAAUCACUCUCUUAUUACGAGGGCAGCCUUGAGAGCCCUUGGGACGAGAUUGCAAUGCAGUACGUCUUGGUCGUGAACCACUGCGGCAAAAAGCGGGCGACAGAGGCAUUCAAGGAGGAGUGCACCCUAGUUUCGCUGUUCCUACGAUUCUUUGCCACCAACAGUGGUUGGACUCUGCCUGCGCUGUUCUCCAUUUUGAGAGAUCUGCGGGACCUCGCAUUUGAUGUGUGCACCGCGAAUAUGGAAGAGACAGCCCGUAUCAUCAGCAGGGCGUUCUCACACUGUGUGACGGAUAGGCAAUCGCCUGUGCAAGAAUCACGGAAAUGGGGUGUGUACUACGUGGUCGGAUUGAUCCUCAAGUGCUACUUCCGGGUGAAACGAAUAUCCCUGGCUAAGAACAUUCUACGCGCAAUCAACGCGAACCCAGAUAUCCCGCCGCUAUCCCAGUAUCCUCGUUCCCAUCAAGUCACUUACCGAUACUAUAUUGGCAUGCUCGGCUUUCUCAAUGAGGACUUCGCGAAGGCAUGUUUAUUCCUGUGCGAUGCUGAGCAAGAAUUGACACAAGCCUUUUACAAUUGCUAUACCGGCGCACAUAGCAACCAGGAGCGCAUACUGACUUACCUGAUACCGCUACGCCUAUUCCGAGGACACCUCCCUUCAAAAGAGCUGCUUGCGCGGUUCCCUGUGCUUGACGACCUAUACUCGCCUUUCAUCGCUGCCAUUCGCAACGGAGACAUUCGAUCCUAUGAUGCAUCGCUUGACCGCUUUGAGCGGAGGCUCGUCGAUCUCAACCUGUGGCUGACGCUCGACAGAGCACGUGAGCUUUGCAUUCGAGGGCUGUUCCGCCGAGCGUGGAUCGCCGCCGAGAAGAGUACGAGGAUACCGGUGUCCAUGUUCCAUGCGGCGCUACUGAUUGCAGGGGAGGAUAAGGACAUCACGACGGAGGAGGCGGAAUGCCUGGUGGCGAAUAUGAUCUACAAGGGCUUCAUGCGCGGCUACAUCUCGCACGAAAAGCAGAUGGUGGUCCUCGCGAAGGCGGACGCAUUCCCCCGACUUGCCGAUCGGCCCACCCCAUUUGCGCUUUUGCAGUGA